AUGGCAGGAUAUGUAAUGUUCGGCGCUGGAUUAGCCGUGGGAUUGGUUAACCUAUUUUGCGGUAUUGCCGUCGGAAUUGUUGGCUCGGGAGCUGCUCUUGCUGAUGCUGCAAAUGCUGCACUUUUUGUCAAAAUCCUGAUUGUGGAAAUCUUUGGAUCAGCAAUUGAAAAAUGUUUGCACGAAAUUAAAUUGUACAAGCAUUGGAUCAUCCUGCCUUGA